AAACAUGACUGUAAAAUCACGUUAAUAAAGUUGCCAGACCCACGUCUGAAAGUGUAACCUGUUUGUGGCUGUGCAGUUCAAACUCCAUGGAAUGUCAGUUUCACUUUCACACCAUGGUCCUCUCAUCACCCUUCACCUUUCUCACGUUCCUCACUCUCACUCUCACCCAUGCCCAGUUCACUCAUCCACCACCUCCUUUUGCUUGCGAUUGGUCCAACCCCUCCACCAGAUCCUACCCAUUCUGCAACCCAAAGCUUCCCAUCAAGCAAAGAACCAGAGACCUUGUCUCACGGCUCACAUUGGAUGAGAAACUCGCCCAACUUGUUAACUCAGCCCCUCCCAUUCCCCGACUCGGCAUCCCAGGUUACCAGUGGUGGAGUGAAGCACUUCACGGUGUUGGCAAUGUUGGUCGUGGCAUCUUCUUCAAUGGUUCCAUUUCUUCUGCAACUAGCUUCCCUCAAGUCAUUCUUACCGCAGCCACCUUCGAUUCACACCUCUGGUACAAAAUUGGUCAGGCUAUUGGAGUUGAAGCAAGAGCAAUCUACAAUGGUGGACAAGCUAUGGGGAUGACAUUUUGGGCUCCAAAUAUCAACAUUUUCAGGGACCCAAGAUGGGGGAGAGGACAAGAGACAGCUGGUGAAGACCCUUUGCUGAGUUCUAAGUAUGCAGUUUCCUUUGUCAGAGGGAUUCAAGGGGAUUCUUUUCAGGGAGGGAAAUUGAGGGGCCACCUUCAAGCUUCUGCUUGUUGCAAGCAUUUCACUGCCUAUGAUUUGGACAAUUGGAAAGGUGUGAGUCGCUUUGUCUUCGAUGCUCAAGUGACUUUACAAGACUUAGCGGACACAUAUCAGCCACCAUUUCAGAGUUGCGUACAGCAAGGACGAGCAAGUGGGAUAAUGUGUGCUUACAACCGUGUAAAUGGUGUUCCGAACUGUGCUGAUUACAAUCUCCUAACCAAAACCGCCAGAAAACAAUGGGAUUUCCACGGGUACAUUGCGUCAGAUUGUGGAGCAGUGGCGAUCAUACAUGAUGAGCAAGGGUAUGCAAAAUCAGCAGAGGAUGCUGUAGCUGAUGUUAUUCGGGCUGGGAUGGAUUUGGAAUGCGGUUCUUAUUUAACAGACCAUGCUAAAUCAGCAGUGGUGCAGAAAAAACUACCCAUAUCACUAAUAGACCGUGCCCUUCACAACCUGUUUUCAAUCAGAAUAAGGCUUGGCCUAUUUGAUGGAAAUCCAAACAAGCUCUCAUUUGGCAUGAUUGGUCCAAACCAUGUCUGUUCCAAACAACACCUCUACCUUGCUCUUGAAGCUGCAAGAAAUGGCAUUGUCCUUUUAAAAAACACAGCCUCACUUCUCCCAUUUCCAAAAACAAGCCCCACCACCAUAUCCCUAGCAGUGAUAGGUCCCAACGCCAACGCUUCCCCGCUAACUCUUCUAGGAAACUAUGCUGGCCCUCCUUGUAAAUCCAUCACAAUACUGCAAGGGUUUCAGCAUUAUGUGAGGGACACAGUUUUUCACCCCGGAUGUGAUGGUGGACCAAAGUGUCCCUCGGCACAAAUAGAGGAGGCUGUGGAGGUUGCUAAGAGAGUGGAUUAUGUGGUGCUGGUUAUGGGGUUGGAUCAGAGUGAAGAGAGGGAAGAACGCGAUCGUGCUCACCUUGACUUGCCGGGCAAGCAACUGGAACUCAUUAAUAGUGUUGCCAAAGCUUCUAAGAGACCUGUUGUUUUGGUGCUCCUUUGUGGAGGGCCUGUGGAUAUUAGUUCAGCAAAGUAUGAUAACAAAAUUGGAGGGAUUCUCUGGGCUGGUUAUCCAGGAGAACUUGGAGGCAUUGCACUUGCACAGGUUAUAUUUGGUGACCAUAACCCAGGAGGAAGAUUACCAAUUACUUGGUACCCAAAAGACUACAUCAAAGUGCCAAUGACAGACAUGAGGAUGCGAGCUGAUCCUGCAACCGGCUAUCCCGGUAGAACUUACCGAUUCUACAAGGGUCCAAAAUUGUAUGAAUUUGGCUACGGACUAAGCUACUCAAAAUAUUCCUAUGAGUUCAUUUCUGUUACACACAACAAUCUUCACUUCAAUCAAUCAUCCACUCAUAUGAUACUUGAAAAUUCUGAAACCACCAAGUACAAAUUAGUUUCUGAAUUGGGUGAAGAAGCCUGCGAAAGAAUGUCGGUCUCGGUCACCGUGGGAGUUCAAAAUCAUGGAAGCAUGGUGGGGAAGCAUCCUGUGUUGCUUUUCAUGAGGCCAGGAAAACAGAGAACAGGAAGUUUUAUCAAACAGUUGGUGGGUUUUCAGAGUGUGUUGCUAGAUGCAGGGGAAAGGGGUCAAAUUGGAUUUGACUUAAGCCCUUGUGAGCAUCUUAGUAGAGUGAAUGAGGUUGGUUUGAAGGUCAUAGAAGAAGGGUCUCACUUUUUGCUUGUGGGUGAUGAAGAGUACCCAAUUGAUAUCAUAGUUUGAUGUACACAUUUAGUGUAUGUUUGGAUACACGAUUGAGAACCACGGUGAAACACAAUCAUAACGGACAGAAACAACUUUUCUUAGCUUUUGUCACUGUCCAAGGUGAUUUUGGUUUCACCGUCAUUUUUCACUAUGUAUUCAAAUAUGCAAUUAUUCUUCAACAAGGGAAAGCUAAUUUAGUGAACUUAUUCAUGAAACAUGAUUCAAAUUGGGACUAUGAGAUUGAGAAAUGUAUUAUAUGAUUCCUGGCUCGUGGCUCCAUGGUUUUCGUAUUAGAUGAACGAGGUGCAUUUUCAGCAUUUCAUCUUUUUGAUCAUCAAUCCGGAUAAACCCGGUCACUGAAUUGAACUGUAUGCAUCAUCUAAUAAAAUUUUGUUAUCCUUUUGAGUUUUGAA